UCGGGGAUAUCGAAAGCGAAGAAGGGAGAUCCUGAUUUCUGUGUUUCUUUGAAACCAGCGUUGCUGUGUUUGUGUUGUGUUUCGAAGAUUGAUCAGAGGAGAAAAAAAAAUGGAAUGUUUUCUGAUGCCGAAAGAAUCUGGAAAAUUUAUAACUGACAGAAGCAAAGAUGUCCUUGUUUUAGAAGAAGGAGUGCGAAAAGUUGCUGAAAUGCUAUAUGGAAAGAUAAAUUCGAAGGAAUUUGAUCCAACGGGUUGGAAGUCGCUUCAUGAAUUGAACCCACAAGUGAUGAAUGAGGAUUCUAUCAACUGGGUGUUUGUCGCAGAUACCCUCAAUUUUUCGUUUUGGUCUGAAAGCGAAGAGCACAAAUGUUUGGUUAAGUACAAAGGCAAAAUGCACAGUGGUUAUUGGUCUCUCUGUGCUGCUAUUAACCGAGCACUAGAUGAAGGCAUUCCAAUCACCAGUGCAUCAUAUUACUCCACCAUGACACUGGACCAGCUGAAGCAUGUGCUACGCUCGGACACUGAUAUCCCAAUGCCACUCAUUGAAGAACGCCACAGAGUGCUUAAAGAGGCAGGGCACAUUUUGCUGGAGAAGUUUGAUGGUUCAUUCCUUAACUGUGUUAAGGAGAGUGGAAAGAGUGCCCAGAAGCUGCUGCAGCUUGUGGUGGAGAAUUUUCCUUCUUAUAAGGAUGUAGCUACAUUUGAGGAUAAGAAAAUUGCAUUUUACAAGAGAGCACAAAUCCUUGUAGCGGACAUCUGGGGCUUACUGGAAGGAAAAGGGGAUGGUUCGUUCAAUGACAUAGGUAGUUUAACCAUGUUUGCAGACUACAGAAUCCCUCAGGCACUUGUCUCCUUGGGAGCCAUGAAGUAUUCAGAGGAACUAAUGAAGAAAUUAAAACACGGUGUGCUCUUCCAAUCUGGGGAACGUCUGGAGGUAGAGAUCCGAGGCUGCUCCAUCUGGUGUGUGGAACUGAUAAGGGAUUACAUGCUGCAUCUUGGAGCACAAAAGGGGGAUACGAUUGAAAACCUCAAUGCUGUUCUGAUUGAUUACUACCUGUGGGAUUAUGCGCGAGAGCACCGAAAAGAUAUGGCAAAUAUUCCCAUCCAUCGAGUACGCUGCAUCUUCUAUUAGACAACAUGCUUUCUGAGAAAUCUCUUUACUAAAAAGACCAUUAUUUUUAAUUUGGCAAUUAUCACAAUCUGCAAACUCAAUUUAAUAAAAUGAAGGAUUUUUUUAUAGAUUAAAAUUGUACUUUGGAUCAA